UUUUGUGGCGGGAAAAGCAGCGUCUUCCGGGCAGCCUCUGGACGACCCGAGUUAUCCCUUGGCGCCGCUCAGCCGCGAUGGAGCCGCAGGCGGAGGCCGCCGCAGAUUCUGUAGGGGCCGGCGCCCGGGAAGCGCGCGGCGAAGACCGCCUGUCACUGCUGCUCAGGCUGAGAGCACAGACAAAACAACAACUCUUAGAAUAUAAGUCGAUGAUUGAUGCAAACGAAGAAAAAACUCCAGAACAGAUCAUACAAGAACAACAAAUGGAAGCUAAAGUUGAAGACCUGGAAAAUGAAAUUGAAGAGGUAAAAGUUGCCUUUGAAAUGAAACGCCUUGCUUUGAGCAGAAUGCAACUUUCAGCUGCACUUAAAAAUGACCUGGAAAAUGUUAACACCAAGAGCAGUGUCUUCAUGGAUACUAUGAAAGAAGUAUUGAAGCUAAAUAAAUCAAUAAUGAGAUUACAGAAGGAAUCUUGGGAAUUAGAAGAAAAACUACUUGAUGUUAGAAAGAAGAGAUUACAACUAAAACACGCUUCAGAAAAUAAACUUUUAGAAAUACAAGCUGAGAAGAAGAAACAGAAGGAGGAGUUGGACAGUAUGGAAAAUUCAGACAAAAUAAAGACCAUGCAGCGAAGCCUGCAGACAGAGAUGGACAUUACUACCGUUAUUCAGCAUGUGUUCCAGAACCUCAUUUUGGGGAGUAAAGUCAACUGGGCAGCGGAUCCAGCCCUCAAGGAAACUGUUCUGCAGCUGGAAAAGGAUCUCAGCACAAUGUCAUGAGAAAGCGGGUAAAAGCUGUCCGUGGAAGGUGUGGUGACCUGUGCCUGUGACCCCAGCCCUCCAGAGGCUGAGGCAGGACGAUCACUACAAGUGCAAAGCCGGCAAAGAAUUGUAUUUCAGCAUUUUUUGGCUCUUGUCUUUGAUGUGUCAUUUAAAAAGCAAGUUUCAAGU